CUCCUCGCCGCCGCCCUCCCCCACUUUAUUUCUUCCUCCUCUUCUUCUUCGUUACUUUCUCCACCUUCUUCCCCCUUUUUUAUUUUUCUUUUUCUUCUUCUCCUUUGGCGUUGCUUUUCUCCCGAAGACGAAGGCCUCCGCUGCCGCCGCCUCCCGCUGAAAUUCCGUUGCAGAUUAGAAUACAAUCAUGGCGGAAAAUGAAGAUCAAACUGCGAUGAACGAGGUUAAGGAUGAUGUUGGAGAUAUAACUUCUUUUGAUCCUACAAAAAAGAAGAAAAAGAAGAAAGUCGUGGUUCAAGAUCUAGUUGAAGAGGAGCCUGUUGAUACGCUAGUUGAGAAAACCGAGAGUUUGACUGUUUCUGAUGCUGUUGAAACUUCAUUUGCUGGUCUGAAAAAGAAAAAGAAGAAGCCAGCACCUACAGAUCUGAAUGAAGAAAAAGAGAAUGUUGCCGAAAAUUCCGAAGAUAUCAAUGGAGAGGAUGAGGAUGGGGAAGGAAUUGUCUUACAACAAUAUCCUUGGGAAGGAACUGAUCGAGAUUAUGAGUAUGAGGAGCUUCUUGGCCGAGUAUUCAACAUUCUUCGUGAGAAUAACCCGGAACUUGCUGGAGAUCGGCGCAGGACAGUUAUGAGACCACCUCAAGUUCUUCGAGAAGGCACCAAAAAAACUGUCUUUGUGAAUUUCAUGGAUCUCUGCAAAACGAUGCAUCGACAACCAGAGCAUGUCAUGACUUUCUUGCUGGCUGAAAUGGGAACAAGUGGUUCUCUGGAUGGACAACAAAGGUUGGUAGUCAAGGGAAGGUUUGCCCCAAAGAACUUUGAGGGAAUUCUGCGAAGAUACAUCAAUGAGUAUGUUAUCUGCAAUGGCUGCAAAAGUCCGGACACUAUCCUCUCAAAGGAGAACCGUCUCUUCUUUCUUCGAUGUGAAAAGUGUGGGUCUGGGCGAUCAGUUGCUCCUAUCAAGGCUGGAUUUGUUGCCCGUGUUGGACGCAGGAAAGCCGGAACCUAAAUGUUCUCCUGAGACAUUCAUUUAUAUUUGUAUGUUUGUAUCCGGUGAGAUUUGAUUGAUUGCCACAUUCUAAAACUGUCAGGAUGAUGUGAAUUUUAUUUAUGGAUGCUGGUAUUUGCUUCGUUGA